AUGGACUAUAAAGUUCCUACGCAUCCAGACAUUGAUACUUAUUUCUCUAUGAAUCCAAUUUCUAAGUCAUUAACUCGCAUCGAGGACGGCAGUUACCCCAAAUUCGUUACGGAGUAUGCAAAAACUCUAAAGAGGGUUAUGAAGCUUGCCGACAAGAUUAUUGAACGUGUUGAGCGACAGCAAUUGAUUAGGGAAAAUGAAAUUGAUAUUCGGGAAAAGCAGUCAUUGCGGGCUCAAGUAUCUAAGUCGAAGGCAUUAGAUGAUAUAACAAAUGCAAUCAUCGGAAAGCGUAAAAGAGACUGUGAUGGCGAUGAUGAAAAUGAUGAGAAUGGACAUAUUAAUGAUGAGACUUUUGAUAAUGAACAAAAGAUCAGAGAAAAAUAUGCGAUGCCUCCGUUCAACAUUAAAGUGAGUUCGAGGCAAAUUUUCACAUGGGACUACACAAUAUCAAAAAUAGAAAUAAAAGAAAAUUCCAUGAAGGAUUGGAUUAAUAAUGGACACAAUUUCUCGCAUGAUUUUCGACAAUUUCAGAAGUCAAUUAUUGAAAAAUUAAAAACUGAUCCAACCUUAAGCUAUGCAACUGAUAUUGAAUCCAUAAUUGCUUUAUCGAGCAUAAUGAUAUUAAGGAGAAAUAAAAAACCAACUUAUAUUACGUGUACUGAAAAUGAGUGGCGAAUGGCGUUUCCGCAUAUUACCUAUAAAUUCAAGAUGCCAGCCCUUAUCCAAGUCACACCUUUAAUGAGGAGUGAUUCGGCAGAAUUUGAAGACUUGUGGAGGCAGAACUGGAGUAAAGUGUCAUUAUUGGAAAAUCAAAAUGAUAAGAGGAUAUUUGACUCGAUGCAGAUUAUAACACGUAAUUUGGCAAAUGGGGAGAGCAGUUCGUCUAAAAAUCAACGCUCAGGAGAUGGUAAUGCUCAUGGGUUAAAGCCAGACUUUCGUUUAAUUAGUGAAGAUGAAAAUCAGUCCGAAAUUUUAUUUGGUGAAAUUAAACCACCAAAAGUAGAAAACCAUAAAUUCAUUGUAAAUCAGGCACUUUCCAAAUUGGCCAAUCUUAUGAAAGAUGCACUAGAUCAAGGAAUCCAUGACGAAACAUAUGGAAACAGAAUUGAGUUCUGGAGAAUUACUUUAAAUUACGAUGGUUUAUAUCAGUUUGUGUCUCUAGUUGAAAUGACAUUUCCAACUGAAGUGGCAGAAUUCCUUGUAAUUCUCUCUGUCAUGGAGAGAUGUUAUGAGUUAAAAGAACUCGUUAUUGAAACGGAGCAACGUAGCAUGAGAAAUGGUAGUUCCCAACUGAGUGUAAACUAUCAGCGUGAUUCGAACUCGAGUCCUAUGAAAACAAAAGUGCCCAUUAUCGAUGUUCGAACAUCUUAA